CGGCUGCAGAUAACCUCAAACGCCGAGGAAAACGCCACAAAGACAGAAAUAACAUAAAUGAAAGAAGGUUUCUCUCUCUCUCUCUCUUCUCUCUCUCUCUCUCUCUCUCUCUCUUAAUAUUCCAAGGCGCUCGUGACGUGAGGCUGAAUAUCCCGACCCUGUGACUGUGUUAUAUUCAUCACUCGCCUGGAUUCCCUCCCCCCGCCUUCUUCAGCAGGCACACCGGCCGUGGAGGAGGAGAUGAGUUCCGAAACCCCAGAGAAGACUCCACCCACCCGCCCACCCCCUCCAACGACGCUCAUGAUGAACACAGAGGCAGCCUCGCAGGAGGAAGAGUUUGUGAAAACGUAUCGAGAGGCUUACAAGUACAUCGACCAUGGGAUCACUCUGGCCACGCAGAAUAUGCACACUCAGGCAGGAUCGGUAUUACAGAAAGGCCUGGCACUCAUAGACAAAGCUCUCACCAUCAAGAUUGAGAACUUUGAUUGCAGCGGAGAGAAAAUCCAACAUUAUGCCGAGAUGCAGAACAAGAUGCGGUGUACCAGAAAAGAAGUUUUAAACCACUUCACGGAUAGUCAGGCAGCCAUGAACCCAAGCGCAGGUGCUGCAGCUCCUGGUCUGGAAGAUGCUCCCCCUUCGUACGAGGACUACCUCAGGUCCCUUGACUCUGGCACUGCCACCUCCAGCAGUGAGGGUGGAAAUGCCGGCACAGGUGCAGUCUCCUACCCGCGUCUCAGCGCACUCAACCCACAGGUUCAAGAAGCUGCCUUUACAGAGAUCGCAUCAGAGUCACCCAUCGUGACCCCUGUCAUGUCACCCCAGAAUGGAGAAAUGAUCUUCCAGAUUGAGAAUGGGGUACAGAUCUUUUUCAUUUAUCCUGAUGGCCGUGUCACCAGUCCGUCCUACCCUUCAUUCCUGGCUGUGUUUACUUUCCCUGAGCCUAUCGGGCAUAAUACCGGUCCCAAUGGUGCACGAGGGUUCCUGCAGGUUGGAGAGUGGAGUUACCCCCUGAUUCCAGCACGCAGCCCUGUCCUUCACUCCUUCUAUGGGGCCUACAUGUUUCCUGAUGUCACAAAUAAUGUUCCAGGCUCAAGCGUUGGGAUCAUUAUCCCUGACACGGUGGAGAAGGAAACGCUGGAAUUCUUUGAGCAGAUCCUGAUGCAGCUAACCUCAUACCAGGAACAGAAGACUCCUGAGGGAAUAGAUGCAGAGAAGGAAACCGAACUUAUCCACCAGUCCACCUCAGAAAGGAUUGCCUCAGGUUUGGUUGCAGGAGCUGAAGCAAUCUCGAAGGGUGUGGUGUGGGGUGCAGCUAAACUCAGUGAGCUCAUAACCAUUGGCUCAGAAAAUUUGAAGGAAUAUGUCCAGCCUGAAGAAAGUAAGAAGGAGAUUGACCCCAAGUGGCAGACAACAGCAAAGGUGGCACGGGAUGUUUCUGGCAAGGCGGUGAAAGUCAGCGGAUUUCUUUUGAGCCAAGUAGGCAAGGCAACCAUGGCGCUUGGCAGGCGAGUGGCACCACAUAUCCAGAGGCAUGGAACGCGAGCCAUCUCUCACCUGACAGGGCAGAAGGAGAAGGAAGCCAAUUCAAAUGUGGAGGGUGUGUUGGAGGUAGCUGCAGGGGCCGUGAAGGGUGCCUCCACCGUCUACAUGAGUUUAGAGAAUGCUGCUGCCACUCUUGCUACCAGUAUCACUCAGAACACUGUCAAAGUGGUCACUCACAAAUAUGGUGAGGAAGCAGGCAACCUCACAGACAACACACUUUAUGCUGUAGGGCAGACUGCUUUGGUUGGGCAUAACAUCGCUUCACUGGGAGUUAAGGGCAUUGCCAAGCGAACAGCCAAAGAUACAGGGAAGGCUCUCGUUCACCAGCACGAGGAGAAGAAGCAGUCUAAAAUAGCUGGAGGAGUGGAAGAGGCAGAAGAGGCCAUGGAAGUCACAGAGGAAGAUGGAAACAAUCCUCCUACAAAGCCAAUUCGAGAAAAGAAGAAGAAACCUCUUUAAGAAGUUUUCCUUUUUCUCCUUGUUUUUUUUUUUCUUUUCUUUUCUUUCUCGAAUUCUUUUCAUCUCAAUUAUUAUUUCCUUUCACUGUUUUAAAAGAAAGCAAUGGAUAGUUCAGUUUCUUGUAAAGGACCUUACAUAUACAGGUAAUAAAAUGUUAUCUUGUUGUUGAUAUUAACAGUGAUAGUAUUAUACUAAUGGGCCUUAUCAUCAUAUUUUCCAGUGGAUUAUAAUGUUUUUUUUCUUAUGCACAGUAUAUAUAUUUUAUAUAUGUUGCUAGAUUAUCUUUACUUCCCAUUCAAGCCAUCUAUAUAUACUAUUCUAACAGGAUGAUGAAGCUUAUUCAUUGGGUAUUUCAUUGACCAAAAUUGGUAGGUGGUUAGAGAAGUUUGUUGAUUGUACUGAAGAUUGAUUAUCCUUUUGGGCCUCAUGUUUUAUGAUGGCCAACCCACAGAAAUUACUCAUUGCAAUGCUACAACCAGUGAAGAAAUAGAUACUGUUAUUUAUAAAGGCUAGAAUGGUUGAGAGAAGUAUAAUUGUGGCUGAGUGUUUAUGUUGCAUUAGAGCUGUGUAUUAUUCCCUAGAACUCAUAGACUGGACAGUACAGGAAAGUGCCAUAACUGUCAGAUUAUUUGGGCCAAGAGAGAUAUUAUUGUAAAUAGAAAUGAUUUUUUUAAGAAAUCAAAAAAUUAUAAAUGCUUCAUGUAAAUACUUAUUUUUCCUUACCUAAAAACAUCAGAGGAUUAACUUCAAAUUAAGGUUGCAGAAUAUUGCUGAGGCUGAGUUGAUGAUGAUUAGCUAUUCCCCAAGAGAUGAUCAUGUAUUUAAACACAGAGACAGUUCUAAAAUGCUAUAAUAGUUUGCUUCUCAUGGCCCUAUUGUACAUGUUUCUGCUGGGGGGUAUCCUCAUGUCACAAACCUGUUACCCGGGUCAUGACAAAGUUUCUCUCUUCACAUCACAGGGUAACCAUUCCUGCUGGUGCCUUAUUUGUUAAUAAGUGAAAAUCUUGGCUUAUUUUUUAAGUACUUGGAUUUCCUUUAUAGGGUAUUAUCAAAUGAAGAUUUGUAUACAUGACUGAUUUCAAGAUUUUUUGUGUUUUGCCAAAUGUAUUUGUUAUUAUUGUUUUAAUACAAAAUGUGUAUGAUAAACAUUGAUAAAAUGUACUUGCCAUGGAUGUAUAUUUUAAAAAUUUCUAGGUAAAGUCCAGACCAUGCAGCAGUUGCAAAACUUUCAGAAUUCCACAGAUUCUAAUAUAAUGAGAAUUCUCUGUACAAGGUCCCAAUGUUGAAGUCACAAAACUUGUAUCAAAAUACCUCGUAGACAAUUUCUUGCCAGUAUGAAAGGGUUGGUGCUUGUGUGUACAUAUGUUUUAUAGAUGAAUGAACAGUGAGUAGCAUGUAGCUUUGAAUUCUCUGCUUUGAAGGAUCUGGCUAAAUUUUGUACUCUGAUUUAGUGUCCUUGUGUUGUAUUGCACUAGUUAUAUAGCAUUCCAUUUUGUUAAUCUUUUUCAUUAUCUUUGCUUUGUCUUUCUUGUAGUAGGUAGUGUUCUGAAAGUUGAAGCAGCUCAUGUAAAAUAUUUUCUUUUGAAUUAUGCACACACACAGAAAGUAUAUUUUCUUCCACUUUUUGUUUAUUUAUAAGUUAUAUUAUUUUUGUAUCAAUUGAUUGAUUUGAUUUGAUUUGAUUUUUAUUUAUUUAUUUUUUAUGGGCACCUCAGGUGUAGAAAUAGCACUUAGGUUUUUUCCUUUUUCUUUGUUUGUUUUUUGUUUGUUUUUCAGAGGCUUUUUUUCAAUUUCUUUUAGUAGUGGAACUUAUUUGGUAUAAAUUGAAGUAGUGCUUGAAAAGCUAGCUGUUAAUGGAUGAGGAAACAAUAUUGAAGAUCCUGUUUCUUCUUCUUCUUCUCCAUCUCCCUCUCCUCUUUGUCCUCCUCCUCCUUCCCCAUCUGCAUCUUCAUUUUCAUCAUCAUCUUCAUCUGAACCUUCAUCAUCCUCAUCCUUUGCUUUUGGCUCAUUAAGUGAAUAUUCUUCGCAGCAUGAAGAAAACCACAAGCAAGUUAUUGUGAAGAAAAGAUCAUAUGAUCAGAUAAUGACGUUCCUGCUUCUGACUCCACCCUGGAUAAAGAAGUGAAUACCAAGUUUCAUCCCUUCUUUAACUGUAAAUUGUAUGUUUUAUCACAUUGCCCUGAAAAUGCUUUUGUAAUUUAGUGAUUUAUUGCAAUGUUAGAGGAUGAUUUGCAAUGCGUGACCUGAAAGCGUAGGUAUACUUGCUAUGAUUUUUUUUUUUUUUUUUCUUUAAUGAUUCUAACAUUUUCACAUUCAUGUUUUCUUUCUUCUUUCCAUUUCAAACAUUGUGAAACAUUUAAUGUGUACGGUUUAUCCCUAAAUAUUACAUUAAUUUUUGUCACUUUUUCUCACCAAAAUCAUACAAGUAAACCUGAUCCACUCACAGAUUUAUUUUUGUAUUUUAUUUUGUUUUUGUUUGUAUAUGGUUUUCUUAUGUCUGAUAAGUGUGUUUGUAUCUGUUUUUAUUGUGUUUGAUGAGUGAACUAAAUUAACAUGUUAUUUUCUUCCAUGUAACCAAUGUGAAUGUCUUAAAUUAUUACUUAUUUUCUUUAAAAAAAAAAUGUCCUGUUAGCAGUGUUUGAAAUACUGUUCUUGUUUAUAAUUAAUAUUAUUAGCAGUAUCAGUAACAUAAUGUCAAAAAUAUUUUGAUCAUUGUAAUAAUACUUAAAUCUUUUAUAUGAUUUUUAUUACUUCGUACGAUGGUUACAUAAUUUCCUCAGUAAUUUUUGUAACAUUAGGGGAAAUCCCUCUUACAAAGAAUGUUAAGUUAACCAAUCAUUGUAACAUAAACAUUGAAUAAUACUCAUGUAUUUUUCUAAUGUCUAAAAUUUUGUUGCACUAUUUUAUAAAUGUCAUGGAGCUUUGGAACUUUUUCUCUUUUUUCAUUGAAGCAUGAAAGCAUUUUUUUUUUUUUUUUUUUUUUCUAUCAAGUACAGCAUCCAGCAUUAUACACAAGAUAAAAGCAGCACCAAGCCAAAAUUAUAUGAUCUUUCCCUUUUUUUCUUUCUCCUUUUCAUGUUAUUUCGAAGUUAAAAGAAAAAAAAAAAAGGACUGUAUUUUCAGGAAACUUUUUACAGGAAGCGUGAACAGAAAACCACGUUUUGUUAUGCCAUGUCCAUUGUCUCUUACAGAUUUCACACAGCUUCAAACUCCAAAAAGCAAAAUAGGAGAAUAGAUGAUAUGCAACAAAUCAGCAAAGCAACGGAAAUUUGUAUGCCUUAUAUGUGCAACCAAACCUAUGAUAGCAAGCUUUAAUAAAGGAUGAGAAAA